CUGUGCCAUUGGCUGCUGCUGUCAGUUCAUAUCGCAUGGGGGACUCGUUUUCAACCGGAGAGCUAAUUUCACCGGGACGUGACCACAACAUGAUGGACUAAUGACUGACUUCACCCAGAGCUGCGCUGCUGAGCCAAACAUCCAACACUUAUCUCUUAAACCGACUUUGAUUUUCCAACUUUGAAGCCAGGAUGGCUUUUUUCUUGCUUUUCAUUUUAUUAACUAUGAAAACUAGCCAAUCAGUGGCCUCCGGACACGGAGACGUUUUUACAAACCACUGGGCAGUGCGGAUUACAGGUGGUCAGGAACAAGCUGAUAAAAUCGCUGCAAAAUACGGAUACAUAAACUUGGGACAGAUAGGACGUCUGGAGGACCAUUACCAUUUCCACCAAAGCAGAGUGGUUCGCAGAGCUGCGUACCCUUUGAAGGGCCCCCAUAGCUUCAUCCAUUUGGAUCCCGAGGUGGACUGGGCCCAGCAGCAGGUAGUAAAACCAAGAGUAAAGAGGCACGCCCAAAGUCACGCGACCAUUCAUUUCAAUGACCCUAAAUGGACCAACAUGUGGUACAUUCACUGCAAUAAUAAGAGCAGCCACUGUAGCGCAGAUAUGAACAUUCUGGCAGCCUGGCAGAGGGGCUAUACCGGCAAGAAUGUGGUGGUCACCAUAUUGGAUGAUGGCAUAGAGAGGAACCACCCUGAUCUGGCCCAGAACUAUGACCACCUAGCAAGUUAUGAUGUCAAUGGGAAUGACCAUGACCCCACACCACGUUAUGACUCCCGCAAUGAAAACAUACAUGGAACUAGGUGUGCAGGUGAAGUUGCAGCAGUGGCCAAUAACUCCCAUUGCAUCAUUGGAAUUGCCUACAACGCUCAUAUUGGAGGGAUUCGGAUGCUGGAUGGUGAUGUGACUGACAUAGUAGAGGCCAAGUCCCUGGGAAUCCGACCUGACUACAUUGACAUCUACAGUGCCAGCUGGGGGCCUAAAGACGAUGGCAAGACAGUGGAUGGCCCAGGGCCACUAACAAAGCAGGCUUUUGAACAAGGCAUCAGGAAGGGCCGCAAAGGCCUGGGGUCCAUUUUUGUCUGGGCAUCAGGUAACGGUGGUCGGCAGGGUGAUCACUGUUCUUGUGACGGUUACACCAGCAGUAUCUACACCAUCUCAAUCUCCAGCACCACAGAGAAUGGAAACAAACCCUGGUACCUGGAGGUCUGCAGCUCGAUAAUGGCAACAACCUACAGCAGUGGAGAGUUUAAUGAGAGAAAGAUUGUAACCACUGACCCCAGGCACCGCUGCACUGAUGGUCAUACUGGCACUUCUGUCUCUGCUCCCAUUGUGGCUGGAAUCAUAGCUCUCGCCCUGGAGGCCAACCUUUUACUGACAUGGAGGGAUGUGCAACAUCUUCUGGUGAAGACAUCCAGACCAGUCCACCUGAAAGCUGAUGACUGGAAGACCAAUGCUGCCGGACACAGAGUCAGCCACCUUUAUGGUUUUGGCCUGGUGGAUGCAGAGGCCAUGGUGUUGGAGGCUAGGAAGUGGAGGACUGUUCCUCCUCAGCACACCUGCAGUCAGAUGCCUGAGCGACGGACCAGGUACAUACAUGCUGGCCAAAGCCUGAACUGCAGCAUAAAUGCCUCUGGGUGUUCAGAAGAACCUGAGCUGCAUGUGGAUUACCUGGAACAUGUGGUGGUCAAGGUCCAGAUAGUCCACCCACGGCGAGGAGACCUAGAGAUCAACCUGAUCUCUCCAGCUGGGACGAGAUCACAGCUUCUGGCCAAGAGAUUGUUUGACAGUUCCAACGAGGGCUUCAGGAACUGGGAGUUCAUGACUGUUCAUUUCUGGGGUGAGAGAUCACAGGGCACAUGGACUCUGGAGAUUAUUGACUCACUGUCAAAGCUACGCAACCCUGAGGUGCUGGGCAACCUAAAAGAAUGGACACUGAUCCUUUAUGGCACAUCUCAGGACCCUUACCAGCCCUACAGUGCUCAGAACUCCCAUUCAAGGAUGUUGGAGAUCCCAGCCCCAGAGGAGGAGCCAGAGCAGGAGGAGGAGGAGGAAGACCAAUACAAUGGACCAUGCCACAGUGAGUGUGGAGACCAGGGCUGUGACGGACCAGAUGCUGACCACUGCCUCAACUGUGUCCACUUCAGCUCGGGCAGCUUGAAAAGUGGCAAAACCUGCGUGAGCCACUGUCCAUUGGGACACUAUGAGGACAUAGCGUCUCGUCGCUGUAGACGCUGCUACAAAGGCUGUGAGAGAUGUGUUGGACGAUCAGUCAGCGAUUGUCUCUCCUGUCGAAGAGGCCUUUACGUCAACGCACUCAACUCCAGCUGCAUCGAUACCUGUCCCCCAGGCUACUUUGCUGAUGAGAAUCAGAGGCAGUGUCUGAAGUGUCAUGACACCUGUAUGAGAUGCCUGGGGUAUGCAGACAGAUGCACUGCCUGCAGAGAAGGCUACAGUCUGGCGGGGAUGACUUGUGUUCCUGAAUGCACCAAUGGAACCUUUUUCCAUCUGGAAGAAAUGACAUGCAGCCCAUGCCAUUCUUCUUGUAGGACUUGUGCAGGGCCAGGAAAGGAGGAGUGUAUCCAGUGUGCUGAGGGCUACCUGCAGCAGGAGUGGCAGUGUGUGCAGACCUGUACACCUGGCUACUACUCUGGAGAGGCAGCAGGAGUCCCAUAUAAGAUGUGUCACAGGUGUGAGGAAAACUGUCUGAGCUGCAGUGGCCCCGGAACAACUUGCACCAAAUGCAAAGAGGGUUAUAGUCUGGUCAGCAGGACUUGUAUUGUGUAUGCAUCCUGUAAUAAUGCUGAUGAGGUGUUCUGUGAGAUGGUCAAGUCCAACCGUCUCUGUGAGAAGAAGCUUUACCGUCAGUUCUGCUGCCGUACCUGUCUGAUGAACGGAUGAGGAGCCAUCCACCUCCUUCCACCUGUCUAUCAGUGAUAACAACUAAAGUGUUAUCAUCUGGCCAAACCUACUUCAGUUACAAUAAUUUAUAAACAACUAACUCGUGCUAUUCAUCACAACACGGCUUAUACACGUGGUAAAAUGGUAGGAUAUUUCACUUUUAAAAUGAAACUCUUCAGCUGUUUCUUUGCAGGCUGCUGAAGGCAGGUUUCAUUUUCAUACUUCAUAGAAUGGACUUUUGUAUAAACUGUGUGUGGACAAUGUGUACAAUUAUUCUGUAAUGAACAUGUACAAAACUGCAUUAUAAUGAAUGUGCUUGCAACAAUGUGUAUUUCAGCCGACAACUUUAUUGUUUUGUUCACUCUCACUGCUCUCAUCAGUGUCAUUACCAGCGGCAGCAGGCCACUGUUAGCUGUCAAUUAAAAAGCUCUGAUAAACCCACCAUUUGGUUUAGUUGCCUAAACUUGAAAAGAGCUAUUGUGAGUGUGUCUUCAUCCUGCCAACAGCAAAAGUUGGUUUUGGAAUGCACUAGUAAACAAUAUAGUUGGUUGUUUAGACUUGUUGCACUAAUCACACAAAUAUUUUACAUCCAGCCAUCUGGACUGAGGAAAGAGGGGGGAAAGUACAGCAACCUACAAGUGUUUUUUGUCAGGUUGAAAAGCUGCUGAAACACCACAGAUAAAUCUGAGAUGUUAACAUCAAUAUUGAUCAGUUUUGGUACUACUACCACAUUCAAUAAAAUACUAAAAUAAAUUGUUGAGGAUGAGGAUGGAGAGUUAAACCGUGAAUAUUAUAGUCUUCAAGGACCCAUAUGGUCUGAAGUGCUCCAGAGGAAAACACACAAGGAUGGAGAGUGGUGAGUGACCUGGGGUUUAAAUUCUUGAGAUGAACCAGCUGGAAUGUGUUCUUUCCACAUCCUCUUAGUGUAUAACUUCAAACUCACUCAUCCAAAACCCACAAGGGUUUGACUGUGUCCUCUGUGUGCUGAUAUUGUUCCUGGUAAUGAGGGGAAGACACUCUCAUUAUGGAACAGAGAGAUUAGCUCUGUCUCAUAUCAGACCCUCCUGUUACUGUCAACUGCUCAGCUGAGGACAGUCACUGAGGACACCAGUUCAUGUCAGAAUAAACACGUGUUAUAGGGCAUUCCAUUCAAUGAGGAAACAAGGACAACUGAUGCCAUUAACAAAUGAUCAAAGAUAUACUUAAGCCUGUCUCUUAAUUAGGACUUGUCAGAAUGUUUGAUUCAAUUGCUGGUACUUUUACUAUUUCUGAGCUGUUUGCAUCUACAAAUAUUAUUAUUAGAAUAUUCCAAAAUAUCUUCCUGUGUGUCUGAACAUACAAUUACAAUAUCUGCUGCACAUCUGUAAAUAGUCCUAAUCGUUUCCUAAAUACAGACUGAACAGUUCAAGAAAUACGAUCACUUUUAAAGAUUUUAUGUAGACUGCUGGCAGCGUGGGCCUCAAAGGUGGUGCUAAAUGGUCUUGAAAAUAUUAUACUGACGUUUUUUGUAAAUGACGUGGCUUGCUGAUUUUUGUAUGUACUUACAGCUAAAAUAAGGUUAUGACAUCUGUGCCAUGAACCAUAUAGUUUGACGACGCAUAAAAAGUGAAAGCAGAGAGCAAGUUUAAAGGUUUAUAUUGUCAUAUCCAAAACAAUUACAGUGACGCAGUCAGCAAUGACAUUCAGGUCUCAGGCUCCCUCCAACAAUACUCAUACUGUACAAUCUAAUACAUAAAGACAUUCAGUAAGUUGACAGUGAGCUUACAUUAACAUCACUAUAAUAUUUCAUAAUUAGAUUUUUUGGGUCACAAAAAUGUAUUAAUUAAACGGUUUUUUUUUUAUCUAUCAUAAUAAAAUACGUUGACCUAC